GGACACGGGGGAACACGAGGGACACGGGCGGGGUCGGGGGGCGGGCCCAGGGCCGGGGGGCGGGGCCGGUCCCUCCCACGUGCGGAAGCGCCGCGCGGUGGCCCCGGAGCGCAGCCAUGGACCCCCCGCGGCGGGUGCGGCUGCGGCCGUGGCUGGUGGCCCAGGUGAGCAGCCAGCGCUACCCGGGGCUGCGCUGGCUGGACCCCGAGCGGCGCCGCUUCACCAUCCCCUGGCGCCACGCCACGCGCCACCCCCACGGGCCCCCCGAGCACGACACCAUCUUCAAGGCGUGGGCGCAGGAGACGGGGAAGUUCCGGGAGGGGGUGGACGCCCCCGACCCCCCCAAGUGGAAAGCCACCCUGCGCUGCGCCCUCAACAAGAGCCGCGAGUUCCGCCUGCUGUUCGACGGCACCAAGGCCACCCCGCUGCGCCCCUACAAGGUGUACGAGCUCUGCGAGGGACCCCCCGCGGCCCGUCUGUCCCCUGCAGAUGACGCGGAUGAGGAUGACUAUGGCUGCGAGGAGGAGGACGAUGACAACCAGCUCCAGGGAAUGAUGUCGCUGAGCAUCAAUGACCCCCAGCAUGGGGGGGACCUGCUGCCCCCCUACCCCUGGCCUGAGGAGGACCCCAACUUCGGCACUGGCUGCCCCCCGGGGCCCUUCGUGCCGCCCCCCCCGGCACUGCUCCCCGGGGACGUAGGGGGCACCCACGGGACCCCCGAGCUGCCCCCCGCCCCCCAGACCGGGCCCCCCUUGGGGCCCCCGACCGCCUGCCCCAUGGCCCCCCUGGAGCAUGGGACCCCCAACCUGCUCAUCAGCCCCCACAUGCUGCCGUUGACCGACCUGGAGAUCAAGUUCCAGUACCGGGGCCGCCAGGUGUGCGUCCUCACCAUCAGCAACCCCCACGGCUGCCGCCUGUUCCACAGCAGCCUGGAGCCCACGCAGGAGCAGGUGGAGCUGUUCGGGCCACUGACGCUGGAGCAGGUCCGCUUCCCGGCCCCCGACACCAUCCCCAACGAGAAGCAACGCUUCUACACCCACCAGCUGCUGGACGUGCUGGACCGGGGGCUGAUCCUGGAGCUGCAGGGCCAGGACCUCUAUGCCAUCCGGCUCUGCCAGUGCAAGGUCUUCUGGACCGGCCCCUGCGCCGGCCCCCCCACCGGCCCCAACCCCAUUGAGAGGGAGAAGAAGACCAAGCUCUUCAGCCUGGAGGGGUUUCUCAACGGCCUCAUCCUGUUCCAGAAGGGCCAGACCUCCACGCCGCCCCCUUUCGAGAUCUUCUUCUGCUUCGGCGAGGAGUGGCCUGACCAGAAGCCCAAGGAGAAAAAACUCAUCACGGUGCAGGUGGUGCCGGUGGCGGCGCGGCUGCUCCUGGAGAUGUUCUCGGGGGAGCUGUCCUGGUCGGCCGACAGCGUCCCCCUGCACAUCUCGCACCCCGACCUCAAGGACCGGCUGGUGGAGCAGUUCAAGGAGCUUCACCAGCUCUGGCAGCACCAGCAGCGGCUGCCGCCGGCCCCCCCGGCCCCCGACCCCCAAACCGGGGCCUGGGGGCUCCCCCCAUGACACCGGGGACACGCACGGCGUGGCCACCACGCGAGGGGACAACCCCGCUGCGUGCCCAUGGGUGACCCCGCUGGUCGCAUCGCUGUCCCCACCCCCUGGAGAUGCUGGAUUCACCUCCCCACCCCCCCACAGUUUUGGGGACAUGCACAGCGUGGCCACCACGCAAGGGGACAACCGCGGUUGGGUCACCCAUGGGUGUCCCCGCUGGUCCCAUCGCUGUCCCCACCCCCUGGAGAUGCUGGAUUCACCUCCCCACAGUUUUGGGGACAUCGGUGACAUGCACAGCGUGGCCACCACACAAGGGAAGAACCCUGGUUGGGUCACCCAUGGGUGGUCCCAUCGCUGUCCCCACCCCCUGGAGAUGCUGGAUUCACCUCCCCCCAGUUUUGGGGUGAAAGAGCAAGAAAAUGGAUCUGCACUGGAGUCUGAGCCCCUCCAGGGCUGGGGACAGUGGGGGGAGGGCUGGGGACAGGGCUGGGGACAGUGGGGACAGGGCCACCCAACACCAGACGUGACCCCAGAGAAGAACCAGCCCAGAAUUCGGCUUUUCAUUUGUUUUUUCCAUUUUUUUUGGUUGUUUUUUAUUGUUUUUCGCCACGACGGCUCCGCCCCCGCGGGAGCAGCUCCCGCCCGGGCCCCCCCGCUCCAGCCGGGCCCAAACCCAACCACAUAAACCCCAAAAUACUUCAAAGAAACCAAAAACUGAAACUUCCAAAAAAAGCAGCAAACCCAAAUAUAAUAUUUCUAUAUUGAAAGAGUCCGUCCCGCUGCGGCUCCUGGGGGCCCCGCGGGCAGGACGCGGGGAGGGGGACGGACCCCGCAGCCACCGGCUUUUCCUAAAUCUAUUUAAAACCCCCCGUUUUCUUUCCUGAAAUAACUUUUUAGUGUUUGUG